CGUCAAUUAAACACAACAAAGUUUAUUAAAAUCUACCUGAUAAAGGUGAGAUAAAAUUGUUAUCUAUAGCGGGUCCAUUAACUGUGAGUGAGUUUAAAACACCUUGGAACAGUCGAUAACCUGUCUUACGACGUCAUCCAAGACGUUCUGGACUGUUUCAGAAGUUGAUGCCAUGGAUUUGCACCCUGGAAGCCGUAUCUGUGCUGGAGGCGUGAAGAUACCUUUCCUCAACAUUGGUACCUGGAAGGCGACCUCAGAAGACCACCGAAAUUCCCUUAACGUUGCUUUUGACUUGGGCUACAGGAGCAUCAGGACCUGGUCUGGAGAAUGUAAAACAAUCGGACCUAUCCUCAGAGAAAUGUUCGAUACCAACAAAAUCAGGAGAGAAGAUAUUUUUAUUUCAGCCAAGCUCCCUUCGGUUGGUAAUAGAUAUGAAGAUGUGGAAGAUUUUAUGAGAAGAUCUCUCGAUUCGCUACAACAAGAUUAUGUAGAUUUGUACGAAAUUGGUUCACCGAUAGGCAUGAUUAGAAAAGGAGAUUCAUUUGUCCCUCUUGAUGAAAAUGGAGAUAUUCUAUUGGAUAUGAAAACAGAUUUUGUGAAUACCUGGAAAGGAAUGGAAGAACAGGUUAUUGCUGGUCGUGCUAAGAGUAUCGGCCUGGCAUGUUUUAAUCAGAGGCAAAUCCAACGGAUUCUGGACCAUUGUACCAUCAAACCUGCAAAUCUUAGUCUAGAGCUUCAUGUUUACUGCCAACAGAAAGAACUUGUCUCAUUCUGCAAAAAUAAUGGAAUGUCAGUGACAGCGGAAUUCCCUUUUGGAUCCCCAGGAUUGCAACAAGUCUUAGGCGGAUUUGAGGGAGAUAAAAAGUUUGUUCCUUCCGCGUUGAAGGAUCCCGUCAUCAAAGAUAUUGCUAGAAAGCACAAUAAAAGGCCUUCACAGAUAAUUUUAAGAUAUCUGAUCGAGUAUGGUGUCGCAGUUGUGAUAAAAUCUGUUAAACCAAGAAGGUUACGAGAAUGUUUUGAUAUAUUCGACUUCCAAUUGACUCGAGAGGACUUCGAUCGAAUCAGUGAGCUGGAUCGUGGCGAAGAAGGGAGGAAUAUUGGUGGCAGUACAUGUACAGGUGUUUUGAAUCAACUCGAAAGACAUCCAGAAUUCCCUUGGAAAUCAUAAAUCGAAUUUAACAUUGUGAUAUUUUAAUAAUUAUAUUUUUAAAAUCCUAAAAGGGUGGAGUUUAUCGAAAAUUAUAAUUUACUUGUCUAAUAAGUUCGAUUAAUUCUUAGUUCGAUCAGUGUCGGUACAAUGAUACCUGCCAGGAGGGAAAAGCUUAAUUUUGGAUUGCGAUUUCACCUCCAGAAGCCCUCCCAUCAGUUUUAUAUCAAUAUACAAAAUAAUGCAUUUCACAAAAAAUGUCUGAUGCUAAUAUCACUAAUAUAUUGAUAUCGGAUAAAAUUGCUCAUGUCAUUGAAUGAAGGCAGAACAGAGCAUCAUUCAUAAUUUAUAAUUGAAAAAUGCCUUUUUAAAGAAAACAUUGGAGUUUUACUUUUUCUAGUUUAUUAUGCCAAAACGUCCUUUUUUGUUAAUAUUUUAACCGAUUUUUUAAAAAAUGUUUGUCUAUUUACGAAUUUUGGACAAUAAGCUUAUAAUGCAUAGAAGUAGCGUCUCGCUUAAGAUGUAUUAUUUUAUACACUGCAUAGUUUUAAAUUGUCACGGCUCUUACGUCCUAGUAAAAUUAAAAUUAUCCAAAAUAAAAAUAUCGAUUUUAAACUGGUUCGAGUUUAUAAGCCCGAAAUUUCUUUUUUGUCAGUAUUUCAACUUAUUGUCCCAUUUUCGAAUCACAGGCGUUACGUCCCAUAAUGAUAUUAAGAAUAUUCAAAGCGAUACUGUAGUGUAUUAAUCGCUCGAAAUUAAAAAUUUUAAAUUAACUUAAUAGAAAACAUUACUUGUUUGAGUUUUUAAGCCCAAAAUUUCUUUUUUUUUCAAUAUUUUAACUUAUUGUCCCGCUUUCGAAUCACAGAUGUUACGUCCGAUAGUGCUACUAAAAAUAUUUAAAGCGAUACUGUAGUGCAUUAAUCGCUCUAAAUAAAAAAAUUAAAAUUAACUUAAUAGAAAACAUCGGAUUUUUACUUGUUCGAGUUUUUAAGUUUAAAAUUUCUUUUUUGUCAAUAACUUAAUUUAUUGUCCCUUUUUCGAAUCACAAGUGUUACGUCCCAUAGUGCUAUUACAAAUAUUCAAAGGGAAACUUAGUGUAUUAAUCGCUCGAAAUUUAAAUUUAACUUAAUAGAAAACACCGGAUUUUUAAUUGUUCGAGUAAUUAAGCCCAAAAUUCCUUUUUGUCAAUAUUUUAACUAAUUGUCCCCCUUUCAAAUCACUAGUGCUAUGUUAUGACUGAACUAUGUGAACAUUGAUAAAAUUAUUUUUUUCUCUCAAGAAUGAAAAAAAUGCAAACAGUUCUGUGUCACACUAUGUUAAAUUUAAAAUGCUAAAAGUGUUACCUGUUUCUACUACGAACUAUGUUUUAUCAAUAAUUCUCUCCUUUUUUUUGCCAGUUUACAUAUUAAAUAUUUUAUAUCGUAUUUUAAAAAAUGAAAUAGUUUAUAAUAUUAGAAUAUGAUUAUUUAUUCCAUUUAUAAUGAGUUUCAUUAUCAACAUAUUCAGUUGUCAUAAUGAACAAAGCUGGGUUUUUAAUAAUAAUUAAAGUUCAUCUCUAGUUAUUAGCUCAACCUCAAGUUUUCAAAACCAAAAAAAAAAAAGUAAAGAAAAAAAAUAAUCUGAGAGGUUUUUUCUUAUAUCUCAAAUACUCAAAAAUAAUUAUAUUAAUUAAUAAUAAUAUGAACAAUAUUACAAAAGUUAGUCAUUCACAUGAUAUAUUUUUUAUGGUAACAUCUGUGACAGCAAAUUUAGAUUUCUUUGUAAUAUGGAAAAAAAUAAAAAGUUGGAAAACCUGACGUCUAUGUAUGAUUCUUCUACUCCUUCGUCCUUCCCAUUUAGGGAAGUAAUACGUGAUGUCCAGUUUUUCUUGACCAUCGUACAAGAUGUCAGGGAGCUGUGUGACCAACAUCUCCGACUUCUGCGUCAUUCGUCAAAAAAAAAAAAAAAAAAAAAAAAAAUAGUGCUAUAUAUAUCCCUCAAGUAAAAUUUAAAUAAAUAAAAUGAUAAUAAUAAAAUAAAAUAGCAACAGAAGUUUUGACUUCAGAUCAUGAUGUAUGAAGUAAUCAUUUGAUUAACUGAUUACGUAAAAGAAAAGUAAUAUUGACACAUAGCGUUGUGUCUGUUUAAGUUUUAACAUAAAACAGCAAUGAUCUUUGUCACCUAGUUUGAUUAUUAUUUUUACAAUUUUUUUUUUCUCUUCUCCUCAGGUUGUGCUUUUUCUUUCGGGUAUAUAUGUUUAUAUUUUAUAUUUUUGUCUUUCUGUUUGCCAAUAUGGAAAUGUACGUAUAAAUAGUUCCUUUUAUUUAUUUAUUUUUUUCCAUUACACCACAAGUAAUCCUAAGAUUUUAUUUUAUCUUAGUGUCUGCAUAUUAUUAUAUAAAUCACUGUAGAUAUUAUUACAUUUUGUAUUCAUUUAGUUUUCUAUUAGAUAGCUUAUUGUUUAUAAAUUGUGUAGUCAUGUAUAUCUAAAUAUGUAAUUUCUCUUCUUUUUUUUUUUCAUCACAAUUAAGUAAUUUUGAGAUUUUAUUUUCAUUUGUAUAUAUAUUUUAUUUUUUAUUUUUUACUGGUUACAUAAUUUUUAAAUAAUGUAUAUAAUAUAAAAAUUUUUAGAAGUUAGUUUUUGGCCAGAUUUGUAUUUUACUUUGUAUUAACUCAUCAUUGUUAUUCUAAAGGGACUUAUUCCCAGAAUAAAGUUUAAUUUUCUAUUCUAUUCUAUUCUAUUUUAAUUAUAAAUGUAAUCUAAUAAUAACAAAAAUUUCCAGACUUGAAAAUGGCCGUAGUGUUGGCCGAAAUAUUGUCGAGAUAAUAUAAAAGAAAUAAAAUUGUGUAAUAUUGUCUUAGUUUAUAAAAAUGAAAUAAAAAAUAAAAUAGCUACAGAAGUUAUGACUUCAGAUAUUUUUAUUAUCAGUUAAUUUCAAGUUAAUUAUCAUCGAUGAACCCCACCCAUAAAUAUAAUCGUAUUUUUAUAUUAUGUGAUAACAAAUAAAAAUUUUAUUAUUUAUUUUUCAUAAACAUUCUGAUAUUAUUUACUCCUAAAAUCUUACAGGAAAUACAAUUAAGUGAAAAUAUCAAAGGAAAAGAAGACUUGGUAUUUUACAAUUGACAUAAACACCGAAUUCUCCAUAGAAAGACGUAGACAGUGAUAAAAAUAAAUGAUUGUUUAUAUAUUUCAUUGUCAAUUUAAUGAAAGUGGAAUAUUUCGCUGUGUGAUGGGCUUGUAUUGAUAAGCGUGUUUUAAUGAAUCAUUUAUCAAUGAUAACAGUAUUGGAAAACACAUUAAAUAUUAUUAAAUAUUGAUUUGUGAAUUAUCUUCUUUAUUAUUUAUCAAUUAACUUUUGAAAUAUACUUUCUUAUCGAAAAAAUGUUUACUUUAUAAAGGAAUUUUUUCUUAUUAUGAAAUGAAAGGUUAGAGUAAAGCUAUCUUAAUUAUUAUAUCAGAAAAUGUAUAAUACAACAUUACUAUUAUUAUUGUACCCACCGCGAGACAGAAAAUCAAAUUUUUUUUUUUUUUAUCAACCUGUUUAAUUGAAAAAAUUCAACCACAUAGUCUUGUGUUUCUGAAAUGCAGUCGAAGAAUAAAAUAAUUCGAC